GUUGGACCGCCGCUGUGAAAAGUUGUCAAUUUUGCGACCGUUCAACAUCACAUUAGCCCACAGGUCCGAGACGACGACGUGUACGGUUCGUUCGGAAAAGAACAUUUUGUUUUGUGUCGCAAAGACGUGCUGUUUGAGUAAAAAUGAAAAGCUUCGUGUAUGUAAUGCUGGCUCUGCUAGCGGUAAGCCAGCUCGGAUUGGCCAACGAGGACAACACUGCACGCCUGCUGGUCUCGAAGCACAUUCUGAACAAAUAUCUGGUCGAAGCGCGUGACAUCGUGGUAAAAUACACACUCUACAACGUUGGUUCUGGCCCGGCCGUGAACGUUCGCUUAGUUGACAAUGGAUUCCAUCCGGAAGUGUUCGAAGUCGUCGGCGGUCAGCUGUCCGCCUCGAUCGAUCGCAUUGCCCCGCAGACGAACGUCACGCAUAUCGUCGUGGUUCGACCGAAAUCCUUCGGAUACCUAAACUUCACCGCCGCCGAGGUCAACUACCUGCCGACGGAGGACUCGACCGAGCCACAAUUCUCCAUCAGCUCCGAGCCGGGAGAGGGUGCCAUCGUUGCCGAGGCGCAGUUCAACAAGCAGUUCAGCUCGCACUAUCUCGACUGGCUGGCAUUCGCCUUCCUGACGUUGCCCUCCCUGGCUAUCCCGUACGCGAUGUGGUACAGCUCAAAGACGAAAUACGAGUUGCUCUCCAAGCCGGCAAAGAAGCUGAACUAAGAAGUGGGCGAGUUUUCUCGGUUGUCAAAUCACACCCUCCCCGGCACAACCGCACAAAACAGCAGCAUCCUCAGUGGCUGGCAGGCAGCAUUUGAGUGUAGGGUGAAUGGUGCGAGUAACCGAUUUUUCCUGUUACUCUACCACCUCCGGUGAACCAUUGCAUCCAUCUUGAGAAGACUAAUUUAAUUUAUAAGGAAUCCUUUAUUCACUCGCCCCUCAACGUGAACCAUCCUGAUCCAGCCAACCUACCUACCGAGCAGCCACUUUCAUUUGACCACCUCAUUUGUAUUUCCCUCCUCCACCUUAGAAAAAGGCAAACAAAUUCCAACUGUACAAGCGACGCAUCCGCAACGCGUACUAUUUCUAGCAGGACCUCCGUACUAUUAAGAAAGUGCUAGUAAAAAGAUUGUUAAUCGAUCAUCUUACCUGCUUUGUUUUGUUAAUAAAAAGCGAGCGGAUCUGUUUCGUCUUAAUAAUGUUG